ACUCGGCGGCGUGCCUCGUACACGCAGAGGGAGCAGUCGGCAAAGCUACUUUCAAGCCGGCGUCGAGGGAGCCGGCAGUCAACGAAUCGUGUAGCCGGUGAGCGGCGAGUGAGCGGUUGAAGGCUCGGUGCAGUUUUGUCUCGUUCCUGUGUCUGUAGCCGCCGGCGUCGCCACCAUGGCCGUCAACGAGGCUGAGAAGUCUCAGGUGAACGAAAUGGUGAACGACUUCAUGCGUUACCAGCUAAACCGGCGCGGCCUUCAGUGGAAUACGUGCCCGCCAUUGCCGCGACCUUCCAAAGUGGCUCUCGUACUGCGGACGCUGGGGGAUGAAUUCAUCACCAAAUACCGCGAGGAGUUCACUCAGAUGUGUGGCCGACUCGACAUGACUCCCUCUGUGGCCCAGACAGCGUACAUGGACGUCCUGAACGAGCUCUUCAGCGAAGGGAUUACGUGGGCACGCAUCGUGGGUGCCUUCGCAUUCAGUGUGGAGCUGUCGGCGCUCUGCGUCGAGAAGAACUGGUCGGAGCUGGUGGACAGCAUCGCAUCCUGGUUGUCUUCGUACGUCUGUACGAGGCUUCUUCCCUGGAUAAGGGACCACCAAGGAUGGGACGGCCUGGUCGUGUUCAGCGAGGAGCGCGACGACACCGGCGCUGCCGAGUCUCCCUGGCCAAUCUUCAAGAACGUGGUGUGCGGGGUGGCCGUCACGGCGCUCGGUGCCCUCACGCUCGGCGCCUUCCUCACGUCCAAGUCGUAGGUCGCCGCGCAGGCGCCGGACGAUAACCAGCCGCCCGGCCCGCCGCGCCCCCGGAUUCUUCGCGCCGCGGCUGGCCUGGACACGCAAGCUCCACCCAGUACACUCGCUUCACGUGUACCUGCACGAGAAAGGCGACCAGCCGGCCGCCCUUUCUCUACCACUGCGUCCCUGACCGACGCUGUCAUUGCCGAGGAACUCGCGUUCUUCCAGCACAGGCCGAGGACACUCUCGGACUUGUGCCUCAACGCCAGGGUGCCUCUCGCGACUGUGGCGGUGGACAAAGAGUACAGCGGCAGCAGUGCGCGGUCAAGUGGGCGAGUCUUCUGUGGUUCGGACUCUUUCGCGUUUCUCGUCGCUGUCGUGGCGGCGCCUCCUCGUUUGUGGUGCGGCGCGCGGCAUUUGUCAAGACGGGCCGGCCGGUCGGUGGCCGGCUGCAUGUUGGUGUGGUGCUCGCGGAAAGCGGUGGUACGGACGUACGGACAAUGCUUAACCCGAUCGGUGGACGAGCGACCCCUCCUUCUACGAGAGUUCAAACGACGGCGUUUGCUUCGUCGUCUCUUAUACAGCCCGCUCGCCAGCAGGACUUCCAGAACGAAAUGUGUGAUGGCGCAGCGGUGAGGGGGAAGUGUCCUCCGCCGCGGUGAAUUCGCCCGUGUGUAAAGCGAGCGCCUACUACAGUGCCGAUGUGUGUCGUUCACCCGAAAGAAGAAAAAAAAAUUGUCGGUACUUUUUGCUACUUUUACUUGCGGACUUUCCGUAUACCGAACGCAAUCACCUGCCGAGAUGAGCGUCGCUUUACUGUGUACGCGUCGCGCUUCGGUCGCGUUCUUUGUCAAUUUUAAAAACAGCAGUGCUAGUUGCGUAGUUGUGUGAAAUUUUCUUUCUCGUUCCACCUUAACGCUGUGGACUUGUGUGAACGUGUUCAGUGUGCGAGAGUCUUGCCUGUAGUUGACUGUUUGUCGUUUUCUUUUCUGAUUGCGUUUUUUUGUUCUUUUGGUUACUUUGGUGUUCGAAUGCUCUUACUUCCGCUGCCGGAAACCGCAUACUGUCAGCAACGCCAGCUAGUCCGACGCUGCCCUUUGAAUAAAAGUGAUUACAGCCGUUUUCGAAAAGGAAAAAGUUUAUCGAAACCACUUGGGCACACUUAUUAUACGCGGGGGGUCUGUUCUCUUCGUAGGCAGAACUCAACAGUGCAGCGAAAAGACUGUUCCAUGUCAUUUUAUACGCGCCCAUCCUUCAUGUCCAUUAUUUAAUGUUCUUAAUGUCGCUUUACAGCAUCAUUGUCAUGCCGAUCUUGUCGAUUCAUGAAGCACUGCCAAAAUACACAGCCGAUUCCCCAAGGAGCGCGCGUUUCAGGACAGUGCAGCGCAGGUAUUUUCACCAGCAUGCAAAAGCAUUCAAUCCAAUCCAGGCGUCGCUGGCGUACGAUGCGUGGUAUUCCAUGCGUGAUUGGUCAGUGCGCAGAAUACGUUGGCCCUAGUUCACGGCAUGCACUGUAGGUAUGUACUCGGAUCAGCUGGAAAAGUCUCGCUUGUUGCGAAUUUUUUCGAACUCGAAAUCAUGAGAUCAAUAGAAGGUUAGGCGUAGUUUAGUCAGCCUCUCGCCGUUGCUGCCUGUCGUCUUUGCUUCGAAGUGCACCGGGUUCGCAAGGCGGAACGGUUCUUCACUGCCUUUCCUGUAGGAAACCACGCACCCGUAUCUUUUCGCGGACGAAUGAUUCGAGUUCCUAAAUCGAUGACGUGAACGAGUUUCUAUCACUGCUUCCUUCAAACUAUAGUUCGCAACGUUCUACGUGAAGUGUUCGCGUGACGUCCCUAUAGGCUCGGGAGCUGUAGUUGCCUAGCCGCAAAACAUGCCCGGGACGACGAAGGUAGCUUUGUUUCAAUACCUAAGGCUUUGCUUUAAAUUUCAGCAAUGUCUAACGAGGCCUCCUAUUUUCAGCGGUGCCUUUUCAGGUCGAUGUUGCGGUGACUAUAGGGAAAAUGGGGCCUGUUCGCACGAGCUCUCGCAAAAUCUCGCUGGAACAGCCUUACACCGCCAAUUAGUUGCUGGUCUGGCACUUCCCUUCGCGAAUAUAAAUCUUAAUUCCUUCCGCGGUUGAUUAAGCCCUCCAUCGCUGCGCGGUUCAACCCGACGGCGCUCCGAGCAUGUUUCUGUUCAAUGUUGCAGUCCUUCGUUUCGUUAUUUCGUGUACUCGUGGCUACCAAUGUCCUGAAGCGGUGAUGGAAGAAAGUCGUGGUCACCUUUUCUUAUAGUACUGUCGAUUACUUCGCUAACGCGUGAAAGGUAGCUGAUUGCAAACGAGUGUGAGCAUUUGCAGAGUAUUAUCUCGCGUUAUUCGUUCGAAGGCCCCCGACCCUCGGAAGUUCUGCAUCCCUGCAGUGUAUGUCAAGUGCAUGCUUAUGUGAGUCUCCCGGCGAUGCGCAGCACAAUUGCUGCGACCGUGUGAUACAGUAACCUGCUUUUGUUUUCUCAUACAUAGAUGGUGUAAAAGUUAUCUACAUUUGCGCGAGCUAGCAGUAUUUCACACAUGCGCAGGCCCGGUUUGUGCCGUUUUCUCCGGCAGCUUUUUUUUAUUCUCUAAUCGACAUGACCAUUGCCCUCGGGACGGCUAUUCUCCUGGGUCGAGGGCCUUCGCUUACCUUAGGUUUAUCACAUGUGCAGUGGCAUGCGCGAUCCUGUACGUACGCACGCUACGAAUGCGCCGCCGUAUUUAUAAUUUAUCUAAUUCGCGCCGGUUGUGCGUGUUUCAUCCCCUGUCAACCUUAGGAGUACCUUGUAACGAAUGUUUCUUUUAUGGUGAGAAUGGAUGCAGUACUGGACAAAACGAAUGGCAUGGAAUAGCAUCGUUCGUCUUGGUCUGUCUGUGCUGUGUGCGAAGUUUUUUUUCCCUGUGGCCAAUUCUCCUAUCGUCAGUCGUGUAUUGUUUCUAGGGAGCCGCGCUUUUGUUCAAAUCGCGGAGCAAGCCGCACAAGUCCCCCACCCCCUACCCCUUCGUAAAGGAGUUUUGUCUUAGGGAUCUGCACUAAUUGAUGCUUGUGUACGCGAGCAGGUAUCACUUGUCGAACACGCAUGUUCUUUUGUAUUCGGCGGCAAGCUUUUAUACAGAGUUACUUCGAAUAUCCGCUCAUCCUGUUCGGUUCUCGUGUUUAAUUAGUGUGACCCGAGUUCUUCCCCGUGAUGAUGAAUCUAUGUUCCUGUGUUCAAACAGCAACAGUUCUGAUUGUUCGCGUUCGUUCAUUUGUCGUACUGUACUGUACAUAUCUUGUGCUUUUCUUUUUUGGAACCUAAAGAGGAUAAAAUUAUUGAGGUACUAAAUAAAAAGCACGUUAUGCUGUA